AUGAAGUUCUUCAGCACUCUUAGCACCCUUGCGGUGGCCCUCAUGAUGAGUGGCGAGGCUCUGGCUGGUACCUACAAGGGUUUCAGCAUUGGCGCCAACAGGGCUGAUGGUGCCUGUAAGUGGGAAGCCGACUGGAAGAAGGAUUUCCAGGCCAUCAAGAGCUGGAACAAGGGUUUCAACGCUGUUCGUCUGUACUCUGCCGAUGACUGCAACACACUUGUCAAGGCCGUCCCCGCUGCCAAGGCCACUGGCAUGAAGAUCCUUGUCGGCGUUUGGGCCACCGAUGAUGCUCACUUCGGCCGCGACAAGGCCGCUCUCCUCAAGGCUAUCAAGCAACACGGCACCGGUUGGAUUGCCGCCAUCAGCGUCGGAUCCGAGGACCUCUACCGUGAGGACAUCUCUCCCCAGAAGCUCGCACAGCAGAUCUACGACGUCCGAGGCAUGGUCCACCAAUACAACAAGAACAUCAAGGUCGGACACACCGACACCUGGACCGCUUGGGUCGACGGCCGCAACGACGUCGUAACCAAGGCCUGUGAUCUCGCCAUUACAAACGGUUUCCCCUACUGGCAGGGCGUUCCCAUCAAGGAUGCUCUCCGUCUCAAGACCUUCCAGAACUCUUUCUGGAACGUUCAGAAGCACGUCAAGGCUGUCAACUCCAAGGCUGUUGUCUGGGUUGGCGAGACCGGCUGGCCUACCAAGGGACCCAACUACCAGAAGGCUGCUGCCACCACUGCCAGUCUUCAGCAGUUCUACAACAAUGUCGGUUGCUGGCUCUGGCAGCAGAAGGAUGCCAGUGGUUUCUGGUUCACUGCUUUCGAUACACCUGCGCACAGCACCGAGGUUGAGAAGUACUUCGGUAUUGCCAACAAGGAUCGCAAGCUCAAGUUCAGCCUUACUUGCUAA